UUAGUUUCAUCUUGUCCAGCCAUUUUUAACAAUUUAUAAUAGAUUUUAUUGAUUUUAAUUGAAAUCUGAAAGCGCACACAAAACACAAAAACAAGAUAGAUAUUAUCCCACUGGGAAAAGAAGUCUUUUAGUGGCGCUAGUGUGUAACCAAAAUAUGUCAAAAUACCUAAUAAAUUUUAGUUCCAAUAAAUUCCGCGUACCAACAGAAUCAUGGCGAUUCAUCGUAAAUUGUCUAUGCCCGACACUGGUCAAGUGACUGCGGGGUUAUUCCGAAAAACGAUAUCGAUAUUUCAAAUGUUGCCAUCCCUCCCGCGCACAGGGAGAUGCCAGCAUGAGCGACGAUGACAGAUAGAUUCGAAACUACUACGUAAACAGCGUUUCAGAGUAGCGGCCGUGACAAAAUAGGUAGAAGUAGUUUUAUAGAGGCUAGACUAUGGUUUUUUCCACCAUUUUAUUGUGUGCUUGGAGCUUGGAGCCAUGUCGGGGAACAUUUUCUUUUACUUUUAUUAGCUGGCUCAAACAAAAUCACACUCCCAUCUCCCAUACAAAAAAAAACUGAAAAUAAUGGCGUCACACAACUCGCACAACACUGAAGCCUGAGGCGUUCAAAGCUUUCGUUUUAGCGGGACACCACAAAUAAGGAAAGAUCCUAAAAGAUAUCGACAUCGAUAAAAUCACUGGAACAUGGAAUACGAUUAAAUAAAGUUUCGUUCCAAAGAUACAAUAACACGAUGAUUCAAAAAUGCUACGAGCGGGUUAUAAAGUGUGUGGACCCAAGAGUCUUUUUUUGAAACCUUAUGCAAGUUCUUUUGAACUGUCUGCUCAUUAUGUAUCUGCAAAUACUGCUGCUAAUGUUCAAAAUCUUCCGCGGCUGCCAGUCCCAAAGCUAAGCGAUACCCUCGACAAAUAUUUGAAAACCGUGAGGCCACACUUGAACGAUACGGAAUUUUCACAAACGACGAAAUUAGUAAAAAGCUUUGAAUCUGGGGAAGGUAAACAAUUACAAAGUUUAUUGGAAAGUCGAGCUGAGAAACAUCUAAAUUGGCUAGAAGAAUGGUGGUUAAAUACAGCGUAUCUCGAAUAUCGCGACCCAGUCGUUGUUUAUUCCAGCCCUGGCUUAGUAUUCCCGUUCCGUAAAUUUAACAAUCAAAACGACCAACUCCAAUACGCAGCGAAGACUUUGCUCGCUGUACUGGAAUAUAAAGCUCUAAUUGACGGGAACAAAAUACCCGUAGAAAUGAUGGGAAAGAAUCCACUGGAUAUGUCACAAUACAGAAAAAUAUUCGGCACAUGCAGGAUACCUGGAGAAAAACGAGAUAAACUAUCAUACAACGAUAGCAAAUAUGUCACCGUCAUCCACAAUAAUCACAUAUUUCAUCUAGAUUUAUGGGGCGAAGAUGGUGUGAGAUUAAAUGAAGAUCAAAUCAAAGAUCAACUUAAAAAAGUAAUGAAAUUAUCCGAAACAGCAACAGAUAAGGGUAUUGGAAUACUUACAUCUGAAAAUCGUGAUACUUGGGCUAAAGCUUAUAAUAUUUUAAUUAAAGAUAAUUUGAAUAGGGAGUCGUUAGCCGAUAUAGAAAAAAGUUUAGCCGUACUCUGCUUGGACGCACCAGUAGACUUAUGGAAGUGUCCGGACAAGAAUGCUCGUCAAAAUUUAGCCGCUGCCCAAACAAUUCAUGGCGGUGGUUCAAACAGCAACGGUUGCAAUCGCUGGUUCGACAAAACAGUACAGUUCAUUGUUGGCGCUGACGGAAUAACGGGUUUGACUUACGAACAUUCUCCAGCGGAAGGACAACCAAUAGCUGUUCUAACCGAUUAUAUUAUUCAAUACAUAGAACAAGAUAAAAAGUCGCCGACGCAGUCCGCUAGGCCUAAGGAACCAGUUUUAUUGAAAUUUGCGAUGAAUAAUGAAGUUUCUGAAAUGAUAAAUAAUGCCAAAACGAACUUGAACAGACUCGCAGACAACUUGGAACUCAAUUGUUUUACUUACGAUAAAUAUGGCAAGAAUUUUAUAAAAACUCAGAAGAUGAGUCCCGACAGCUAUUUGCAGAUGGCGAUGCAAUAUGCUUUUUACAGGCUUCAUCAAACCCCUGGCGCUCAUUACGAAUCGGCUGCUACUAGAAUGUACGUUGGAGGCCGCACAGAGACUAUUCGAUCGUGCUCUAUAGAGUCUAUUGAAUUUGCAAAAACAAUGCUAAAUGCUCAAAGUAGUCCAAAAGAAAAAAUACAAGCUAUGAAGAAUGCCAUAAAUGCUCACAAGAACUAUACAGUACAGGCACUUCAAGGAUAUGGUGUUGACAGACAUCUGCUUGGAUUGAAACUUACUGCUUUGGAAAAUGGAAUAGAAGUUCCCAAAUUGUACUCGGAUGCAGGGUAUAUCAAAAGUGCACACAUGAGAAUUUCCACAAGCCAGGUCGCCUGUAAAUGCGAUGGAUUUAUGUGUUACGGACCAUUAGUAGCUAAUGGAUAUGCUACGUGCUACAAUCCUCGCGAUAAUGAUGUCAACUUUGCAACAUCUUCAUUUGCGUCGAAUACCGAAACAGACUGCAGUAAAUACCGAACGGCUUUGGAGCAGUCCCUCCAAGACAUGCACGAUGUUUUGCUACAAAAUACACAGUCUAAACUGUAAAGCUUUUUAAUCAGCAAGUUUUGUCAUAUGUACUGAAAUGCAUUUUACCUUGUCAUUUCUACAUAACUACUUUGAUACGUUUUAGUUUAAGAAAUUGGGUAUUGGUGGAGAAAUUAUGCAUAUUAUGUAACUUAAAUAUUUAUAAUUUAUGUAACUUAAAUAUUUAUAAUUCACUGUAAUACUUAUAAUAAUCCCAACUAAUAUUAUAAAUGCGAAAGUAACUCUGUCUGUCUGUCUGUUACGCUUUCCCGCUUAAACCUCGCAACCGAUUUUGAUGAAAUUUGGCAUAGAGAUAGUUUGAGUCCCGGGAAAGAACAUAGGAUAGUUUUUAUCCCGGUUUUUGAAACAGGGACGCGCGCGAUAAAGUUUUUCUGUGACAGACAAAAUUCCACGCGGGCGAAGCCGCGGGCGGAAAGCUAGUAAGUACUAAAUGUUAAAGAUGUAUAAUGCCUACAUAUUUUAAGUGAUUGUUAUUACAAGACUGACAAAUAAUCUUGCGUUACACUAGUUGCGUUAUAAAAGGCUUGAGAUUAUUAUAAUUUCCUUUUAUUGUAAACUAGCUUUCCGCCCGCGGCUUCGCCCGCGUGGAAUUUUGUCUGUCACAGAAAAACUUUAUCGCGCGCGUCCCUGUUUCAAAAACCGGGAUAAAAACUAUCCUAUGUUCUUUCCCGGGACUCAAACUAUCUCUAUGCCAAAUUUCAUCAAAAUCGGUUGCGAGGUUUAAGCGGGAAAGCGUAACAGACAGACAGACAGACAGACAGACAGAGUUACUUUCGCAUUUAUAAUAUUAGUUGGGAUUGCCGAAUCGCUAAUAAAUUGUAACUGUUUA